AUGUCAUCAACACCUAUGGCGAUAGACUCUCCAUUAGGAGCGAAUGGUACUUCCAUGUCGAAAGCAAACGGAGUCUCAUCAGUCCCACAAACAGGCAAACUUACGGAGAUGAUCUCCUUAUACAAUCCAGUCAAGCUUUUCAAACAUCCUCCGACACCUGCAGACAAAGGGCAAACUCCCCCAAGUUACAACUUUAUUCAGUCUAUCAAUUUCAAUGAUAAUGGCAGUCAGCUUAUCACGUCAGAAACUGAUAACACUAUGCAAAUAUAUGAUGUUCUUGAGGGAAGACAUUCAAAAAUGAAUAUUAGUGCCAAGUAUGGUUGUAAUCAUGCAAUGUUUGGCCAUGCUGAACAUUGUAUAAUCCAUUCUAGUACCAAAAAAGACCACAAAAUACGUUAUCUCUCGGCUCAUGAUAAUUCCUACAUCCGUUACUUUGAAGGCCAUGAGCAAAACGUCACAUGUCUAUCCCUCCAUCCCGGCCAGGACAAUUUCAUCUCAUGCUCUGAAGACAACACUCUGAGAAUCUGGGACGCAGCUUCCAACAAUCCUUCCGGCAUCCUGAAUCUUACGGGUGUUCACCUCGUUGCAUGGGAUCCUUCCGGGAACGUCUUUGCAGCUGCUUCCCCAUUAGCUCAAACCAUUUUACUUUAUGACUUCCGCAAUUUUGACAAGGAACCGUUUGCUACUUUUGACAUAUUGCCAUAUUGUCAAGAAUUUUCCCCUCAGGCAAUUGGAAGAGGGUGGAACAAAUUGGCGUUUUCAAAUGAUGGGAAGCACUUGUUACUCGGCACGACUGGCAAUGGCCAUUUCUUAUUAGAUGCAUUUGACGGGCAUCUGAAGGCAUUCUUGAGGAGGGAUAGAGGUGGCGCCAGAAGACUAGGAGCAGGCGAUCACAACCCAGACAAUUUGGAUCCUUCAUCAAGUGAAUACCUCCACACCACUGCCGGAGAUUGCUGUUUUACUCCUGAUGGAAGAUUUGUAAUCAGUGGAUCUCGUGGAAAGAAUAUCUUGGUAUGGGAUACACUUGCGGCUACAACAAAUCGGGUCCUUAGUCCUUUGCAUGAAUUGGAUUACCCAGGCGAAACGGCCAUUGUUGCUUUUAACCCCAAGUAUAACCAUUUUGCUACAGCAGAUCAGGAAGUUCUGUUUUGGGUUCCGAACACGGAUAUGCUCUGA